AUGGCCAGGAGGAAGACGCAUAGUCGAGACACUUUUUCUUUCAUUCAUGUAUCCCAUCCUGAUGGAUUCAAAGACAAAGAGACUCAAAACAAGAUUCGUCGUCAUGCUAUGGGAGCGGCAGGCCAGUUGCGACUGAAGCCGCGCCGAAAUCCGACUGUAUCAGUUGAUAUCCCUCCUAACACAACCGUCAUCGUCGGCCAAAGUCCACAAUUUCUAUUCCAAUAUCCCCAGCAGCAAAUAGUACCCAAUAUUACAUUCUUGGGCUCAUAUCCCGUCGAAACGAGCACCCGAGCCCGCCAACUUAUUCAUUUUAUAGUGCAAGUUGCGGGCAACCUUCAUUUCAUACCAUUUCGAUAUGAAUCGUACUCAUUGGCUACUACCGACCCCGCUGCGUUCUACCUCUAUCUGGCGAAUGCAGCCUUCUUACACAAUCAUCUUACACAGAAGGAGAGCAACCAAGAGUCGAGCAAGUAUCUCGGUGUAUGUUUGAGCCAGGUUAUCGCAAGACUAGAAAAGGAGGCUCCUUUCAUUAGCCCUGGCUUGGCGUACACUAUGUUAGGGCUUGCCUGCCACGAGACGCAUUUGGGGAAUUGGGAUCGUCGAGUCGUUCAUCUAGAUGGUCUCGAAAGAGCCGUCAAAGCCCGCGGAGGGCUUGAAAGCCUUGAUCAAAUGAUCUCAUUACUUAUAUUUUGGUUUGAUGUUCUCGAAUCAUCCACACGGGAUUGUGUCCCCAGAUACGCCAUUCCUGCACAUCUGAUCGCCGAACCGUAUCCCGAGGAGACAAUAUCCUCUCCAUUAGCUAGCAUCAUUGAAAGACUCACACGAUCUGGAAACCCCGAGAUUGCUGGAGCUCUCAAGAGUUUUGGAAGCCUUGUCGACUCCAUAAGUCACAAAGCUCACGAUGAUGAAUUCUGGAACAGUUCAUCGCAAGGGGCAACUUUGAUAACUCCUAUUACGCAUUCUUUAUUAUCAAUGCCAAGGCCAACGGGAGUAAUUGGUAGAGAAAACGACGACUCUGGCGACUAUGCGAUUGAAAUAGCCCGGAUUGCCUUGCUGAUUAUUCUGACACGCCUCAAACAAACUUUCUCAUUUCCGACCGACGAGCUCAGUUAUCUUCAGGAGAGAUUCAGAAUGCUCCUCUUUUGCCACUCCGGGUCCGAGUUUCCGGACCUUGAACUUUGGUGUGUGGUUUAUGUAUCCUUGAUAGACUCGGCGCACAUGGGGGCAUAUGUCUCAUACAUCGACAAGUUAGCCGAGGAACUGGGAGUUGAGGGUCCUGAAGAGAUAUCAGCAUUGGCAAGAAACAUCAUCUUUGCUGAUCGAAUCUUUCCCUCAGAUGUCGGGGUUUUAGAUUUUAACGCUGUGAAAGGAAACAUGUUACCUGGCCAAAUUUAG